AUGACCGAUUUUACUCGUGUUCUACCGAUCGAAGUCACUCGUUACAUUUUUUCCUACCUUGAACAGAAUGAUUGCCUACAGUGUGUAACUGUAUCGCGUCAGUGGUUCAACACGAUCCCUGCUAUUGCCUUGAGGCAGCACUUGGAGAUCUCUCGCACUUCCUGGAACCUAUGCAGCCUAGCAAUGUCAUGCCUUGCUGCUCACGCUCAGUCAGUAACGAUUGAUCGCCAAAAGGCACAAAGUGUGCUUAAACAGCUCAAGACCUACAACUGCCGCAUUCGCAAACUCGGUAAUAAAGAAAUCUGUCUUGCGUUUUAA